UGACUAUAAAUUUUGACCUUAAUGGAACAACCUUAUUCCACCUAGCACGCGCGCACGUAUAGAAAACUGUAUGAAGAAAAAAACUUGUAUGCCCCCAAAAAAUGAUAUUAUUUAUUGUCAACACUCAACAGCGACCACCAUUUUUUAUGUGGUCUCUUAGUGUAAAUAAGAGAAUAAAAUUAGAAAUGAGAUAACAUAACAAAAAUAAAAAGGAAAAGAAAAAUUAAUGUUAUAAGAGAGAACAUCAAAAGAUUCAGUAGUCCUGAACCAUGUAAAAUAUUUCUCCAAAAAAUAUUUCCAUCUAAUAAAACCGGACUCUGCACAAAGUGGGAGAUACAAGGUCAACACAUUGAGACGGCAACACAUGUGCAGACUGGCUAGAAGUUCAACGCAUUGAGACGGCAACACAUGUGCACACCAGAUGCUAACAUCGCCUCUCCCCCAAGGGAUUUCCAGACUUUUAGCUAAGGACCUCUCUGUUUACCUAGCAGCAUCCAACUGCAGUUGCUUAAAAACCGGACUCGUGCGACACCAAAAUUAGAUAUUUGCGAGUACGUAAUUAUCUUGAGCAGCAUUAUUAAUCUUCGGGAGUGAAAAAUGGUUUCAUCCUUGAUUUACGGAUGUUGGAUAGUGGUGGUGUUAAUUGUUGUUCUGCCACACCAAACCUGUCCCGAGAAGGUGCCCCAAUCUUGUUUUGCUUCGUGCGGCAAAAUUGCCAACAUAACUUAUCCAUUCCGAGUGAAAGGCGAUCCAGAAGAGUGUGGCGUCAAGAGGUACGAGUUGGAUUGUGUGAACAACGUAACUGUAGUGAAACUGUAUUCUGGAGAAUACUAUGUUGAGUCAAUCAAUUACAACAACUACACUAUUCGACUUGUUGAUCCCAACAUUGAACCCACCAAUUGUUCCUCCCUCCCUCGCUACUUCUUAUACCCUUCCAAUUUCUCUGAUUAUUAUGGCUAUUCAAUCUCGAGGAGCUUGCAAAAUCUAGACGUUUAUCCGUAUCAAUUCGGCCCCACGGAGUUCGGUGGGUUAAUAUUUAAGCAAGUAAUUUACAUGUACUGUACGAAUCCACCUAGUGACGAUGCGUAUUAUGUGGAUACCGCAUCCUGCCUCAAUCAACACAUAUACGCAAUCGUUGGAGAUCUGGAAUUAGGAAGAUUGAAGCCUCAGUGCCGUGUGAAGCUGGUUACCCUCACAUCCUUCUGGGAUACGGAAUAUGCAAAUGCUAACAGACACGUGGAUAACGUUUCGUACAUUGACAUUCACAGGGCGCUACAGUAUGGAUUUGAGGUUUCGUGGUUACAAUUUUGUUGUCCUUGUGGACCAGGAUAUUAUCGAUAUUAUAAUAUAUGCUUUCUCAAAGGCUUGAACGAGCAAUUCCACUAUGACAACUUUAGAUUUCUAUUGGGUGUCACAAUUUUCAUUGUGCUGUUGAUCUACACAUGCCUAAGAAGACAUAGAUCAAUAUAUGGAAAUAUCGAAGAUUUUCUGCAAGGUAAUACCCUCAUGCCAAUAAGGUAUUCAUACAAAGAGAUAAAGCAGAUGACUAAAGGUUUUAAGGACAAAUUGGGUGAAGGAGGGUAUGGCUAUGUCUAUAAAGGAAAGCUACGUAGUGGACCAUUUGUAGCCAUAAAGAUGUUGAGUAAAUCAAAGGCUAAUAAUGGCCAAGAUUUCAUCAAUGAAGUCGCAACUAUUGGAAGAAUACACCAUUCUAAUGUGGUUCGACUUAUUGGCUUUUGUGUUGAAGGAUCAAAACGUGCUCUUGUCUAUGAAUUCAUGCCUAAUGGCUCUCUUGAUAAAUAUAUUUUCUCAAAAGAGGGAAGUGUGUCUUUAUCUUACAAGAAGAUAUAUGAGAUCUCUCUUGGUGUGGCUCGUGGUAUUUCUUAUCUGCAUCAAGGUUGUGAUAUGCAGAUUCUGCAUUUCGAUAUAAAGCCCCAUAACAUCCUUCUUGAUGAAAACUUCAUCCCUAAGGUUUCGGACUUUGGCCUUGCAAAGCUUUAUCCUACUGACAAUAGCAUUGUUACUUUGACAGCAGCAAGAGGAACAAUUGGUUACAUGGCUCCAGAAUUGUUCUACCAAAAUAUUGGGGGAGUAUCCUACAAGGCUGAUGUCUAUAGCUUUGGAAUGCUUUUGAUGGAAAUGGCAAGCAUGAGAAAAAAUUUGAAUCCACGUGUAGAGCGUUCAAGCCAACUUUACUUUCCCUUUUGGAUUUAUGAUCAAUUGGGUGAAAAUAGGGAGAUAGAAAUGGAAGAUGUUAUUAAGGAGGAAAGAGAUGAUGUGGUAAAGAAAAUGUUCAUAGUUGCACUAUGGUGUAUACAGUUAAAGCCUAGUGAUCGUCCUUCAAUGAACAAAGUAGCAGAGAUGCUUGAAGGAGAAGUUGAGAGUAUUGAAAUGCCUCCAAAGCCUUCCCUGUAUCCACAUGAAACGAUUCAAGAGGAUCUCGAAACCAACUCAAACCAAACUGUAUCAGAUACUGGCUCUACUAGUUAUCUUGAGGAAAGUGCUACUGCUACCACUCCUUUAAUGCAUUCAGUUUGA